GCCAGAGAUGCUUAUCGUACCGUAUUCAAGCAUAAGCUGGGACUGAACGUUCGCAUCACGAAGAGUGAAUGUGGGGGCAACGGACAGCUGGUUGAAUGGAUUCGGCCAUCAGACUUCUUAAAGUUUAUGGACGGGAAUUCCAAGCUUCAGUUGGUUCUUGGGGCCCCUACUUUAGCAGAAGCUGCACCAGGCCUGGAACUGUUCUGGAAGCGAUACGAAGGUAUCAAUCCAUCACAUGAAGUGUUUGAGAGAGCCAGGCAAGGACGAUUGAUCCUGAACCAAACCGUUCCUUUCUACUUCCAUGCUGACGAAGGCCGAACUCUGAAGAAAAAACCGGUGUUUAUCAUCCAAUGGCAGCCGUGCUGCGGCAAAGGAGUCGGAAAGAAGAACAGUGAUGACCUGAUCAAGGCUCGGCUUGAGGAGCUACGCUUACAGCCGAAUUUCAAGGGGCAUACCUUCGUGACGAGGUUUUUGGCUGGCUUGCUGAUGGGUUCGAGCUACGCUGACGAGCCUGCAGUUCUGAGUGAUCUUAUUGAAUGCAUCUGCUUGGAUAUGAAAGACCUCGGCGACAAUGGUAUUCAGCUCUCUGAGGGGCACAUGUGGUUGUGCCCGAUUGGCAACAAAGGUGACUGGAGCUAUCUAGUCCAGGUGGCAAACUUGACACGAUCAUACCGCAGUGCCCCAAAGCGUGCCUCCUCGAAG